UCCUUCGGGCCUCCACCGAGAGCCAUUCAGGAACCACAGACAGCCUGGGGAAGGGAGAUGGGACAGGUGGUGGCUGGACCACUCUCCUGAAAGGAGGUGAGCAUCGGGCCUGCUGAGCCUCCCCCGACCCGCUAGCCAUGCCCGGGAUCGUGGUGUUCCGCCGGCGCUGGUCUGUGGGCAGUGAUGACCUCGUCCUGCCAGCCAUCUUCCUCUUCCUCCUCCACACCACCUGGUUCGUGAUUCUGUCGGUGGUGCUCUUUGGCCUGGCGUACAACCCCAACGAGACCUGCUCCCUCAACCUGGUGGACCACGGGCGGGGCUACCUGGGCAUCCUGCUGAGUUGCAUGAUCGCAGAGAUGGCCAUCAUCUGGUUGAGCAUGCGGGGCGGCAUCCUCUACACGGAACCGCGGGACUCCAUGCAGUACGUGCUCUACGUCCGUCUGGCCAUCUUGCUGAUCGAGUUUAUCUAUGCCAUCGUGGGUAUCGUCUGGCUCACCCAGUACUACACCUCCUGCAAUGACAUCACCGCCAAGAAUGUUACCCUAGGAAUGGUGGUCUGCAAUUGGGUGGUCAUCCUGAGUGUCUGCAUCACCGUGCUGUGCGUCUUUGACCCCACGGGACGGACUUUCGUCAAACUGCGGGCCACUAAGAGGAGGCAGCGCAACCUGAGGACGUACAACCUGCGACAUCGCUUGGAGGAGGGUCAAGCCACCAGCUGGUCUCGUCGUCUCAAAGUUUUCCUCUGCUGUACACGUACCAAGGACUCCCAGUCAGACGCCUACUCGGAAAUCGCCUACCUCUUUGCCGAAUUUUUCCGGGACCUGGACAUCGUUCCGUCUGACAUCAUCGCGGGCCUGGUGCUCCUGCGGCAGCGGCAGCGGGCCAAGCGCAACGCCGUGCUGGAUGAGGCCAACAAUGACAUCUUGGCUUUCUUAUCUGGGAUGCCAGUAACCAGAAACACCAAGUAUCUGGAUCUCAAAAACUCGAUCAUAGCAGCCCCGAGUCUUCAGCAACGCUCUCUCCUUUCCACCCACUGCAUUCCCUCCCUUCAGACGCAUCAAGAGAUGCUGCGCUACAAAGAGGUCUGUUACUACAUGCUCUUUGCCUUGGCUGCGUACGGGUGGCCCAUGUACUUGAUGCGGAAGCCAGCCUGUGGGGUCUGCCAACUAGCCAGGUCCUGCUCGUGCUGCCUGUGUCCCACCCGGCCCCGCUACGGUCCAGGCGUCACCAUCGAGGAAGACAACUGCUGUGGUUGCAACGCCAUCGCCAUCCGCCGCCACUUCUUGGACGAGAACCUGACCUCCGUGGACAUUGUCUACACCUCCUGCCAUGACGCGGUCUACGAAACUCCCUUCUACGUGGCAGUGGACCAUGAUAAGAAGAAGGUGGUCAUCAGCAUCCGAGGAACGCUGUCCCCCAAGGAUGCUCUCACGGACCUGACUGGGGAUGCAGAGCGCCUCCCGGUGGAGGGUCACCAUGGAACUUGGCUGGGGCACAAGGGGAUGGUCCUCUCUGCUGAAUACAUUAAGAAGAAGCUGGAGCAAGAGAUGGUCCUCUCUCAGGCGUUUGGGCGGGACCUGGGCCGAGGAACCAAGCACUAUGGCCUGAUCGUGGUGGGCCACUCCCUGGGGGCGGGCACCGCCGCCAUCCUCUCUUUCCUGCUGCGCCCUCAGUAUCCGACGCUCAAGUGUUUUGCCUAUUCUCCUCCCGGCGGGUUGCUCAGUGAUGACGCUAUGGAGUACUCCAAGGAGUUUGUGACAGCUGUCGUCCUGGGCAAAGACCUCGUCCCCAGGAUUGGCCUCUCGCAGCUGGAGGGUUUCCGGCGACAGCUCCUCGACGUCCUCCAGCGGAGCACCAAGCCCAAGUGGAGGAUCAUCGUGGGGGCCACCAAGUGCAUCCCCAAGUCAGAGCUCCCCGAGGAGGCAGAGGUGACCACCAUGGCGAGCAACCGGCUCUGGACCCACCCCAGUGACUUGACCAUCGCCCUGUCGGCCAGCACCCCCCUCUACCCACCUGGCCGCAUCAUCCACGUGGUGCACAAUCACCCCGCCGAGCAGUGCUGUUGCUGUGAGCAGGAGGAGCCCACGUAUUUUGCCAUUUGGGGUGACAACAAGGCCUUCAACGAAGUGAUCAUCUCCCCAGCCAUGCUGCACGAGCACCUCCCGUACGUGGUCAUGGAGGGGCUCAACAAGGUCUUGGAGAACUACAACAAGGGGAAGACGGCCCUGCUGUCCGCAGCCAAAGUGAUGGUCAGCCCCACCGAGGUGGACCUGACCCCAGAGCUCAUCUUCCAGCAGCAGCCGCUGCCCACCGGCCCCCCGGUGCCCACCAGCCUCACCUUGGAGCUGCCCACGGCCGACGGGAGGAACAGCAGUGUCAAGAGCAAGUCACAGUCGGAGAUCAGCCUGGAAGGCUUCUACGAGGCCAAGCCCCUGUCCCCGGGCCCCAAGGACCCCGUGGAGCUGCUCCUGCUAACCACGCAGGAGCGCCUGGCGGCCGAGCUGCAGGACCGGCGGGCCCCGCUGGCCACCAUGGAGAGCCUGUCGGACAACGAGUCCCUGUACAGCCUGGACUCCCGGCGCUCUUCGGGCUUCCGCAGCAUCCGCGGCUCGCCCAGCCUGCACGCCGUCCUGGAGAGGGACGAGGGCCCCUGCUUCUACAUCGACCCCGCCAUCCCCGAGGAGAACCCCUCGCUCAGCUCGCGCACGGAGCUGCUGGCCUCGGACAGCCUGUCGAAGCACUCCCAGGACAGCCAGCCCCCGGAGGCGGGCCCGGGCGGCGGCCCCGAGGAGCGGGGCUCGCCCCCCGGCCCGGCCCUGCACAACGGUCGGCUCGGGGACUCGCCCAGCCCCCAGGUGCUGGAGUUCGCCGAGUUCAUCGACAGCCUCUUCAACCUGGACAGCGAGAGCAGCUCCUUCCAGGACCUGUACUGCAUGAUGGUGGCCGACAGCCCCGCCCCCCGCGGCCUGGCCGACCUGCCCAAGUCCGUGAGUGAGCAGGAGAUCCUGCUCCGGGCCCAGUUCGAGCCCAACCUGGUGCCCAAGCCCCCCCGGCUCUUCGCCGGCUCCACCGACCCCUCGUCCGGCAUCUCCGUGUCGCCCUCCUUCCCGCUCAGCUCGUCCGGGGAGCUCACGGACCUAACCCCCACCGGCCUGAGCAGCCAGGAGUGCCUGGCCACGGACAAGAUCCGGACUUCCACUCCGGUCGGCCCCCCGGCCGGCCCCUCCAAGCAGGAAGACCUGAUGAUCUCGGCCCUCUAAUGGCGGGGGGAGGGGAGGCUCCCGGGCCCCUCCCCCGCGGCCGCCUCGAGGGAGACGGGCCGGGUUACCCCGGCCCACCCGGGAGGGGACGUGAACCAGAGGGGCACCCCGAGGGAGGGAGCCCGUGGGCCCCCAGGGCCCCGGGGAAGGGCGGGGAAAGCGGAGGUGGAGCGGCCACUGCCAGCCACCGGUCCCCACGGACGUAGGGCUCGUCAGCCUGCUUGUCCCAGGGCGGGGGAAGGACCCAGGCCCCCCCCCACAGGGACUGUGCGAAGGAGAGCCCGGCCGCCUGGCUGAGCUCCUGGUCCGGGAGGAGGCCGGCUCGCCCGGCUGAGAGCGCGGUACGGGUGAGGGGGGACGGGGUCCUCUCGCACCAGCCCAGCCCGAGACCCCUCCUGUCACUGACCGCUUGCCGGCGUGGGUCCCCCGUUGGAAAGCCAUCCAGGAUGUGACCCCCAAGAAUACGGCUGCCCCUCCCCUAUAGGGGCAGUGAACUACCCGCCCACCCCACCUGUUCUCCCCUCCCCCACAGACCCCAGGAUCUCUGGAUCAGUGGGGGCCAUGCCCCUCCUGCCCCGUAGAAGCAGCCUCCGCACAGGUGGGUCCCCAGAACGCUGGGUCAGGCGGGCGUCGGACCUGCCGGCCCACGCCCGGGCGCCACCCCGCUCUCCGCCCCGCGCGGUUCAGGGAAACGGCCGGCCUUCACCGCAAGCCCGCGGCGGCCACACGCGUUUACAUCGGGCUCUGCCCGGGACGUCUCGGCCGUGGGAGGUUUGGGCCCUCGCACCUCCGGCCCACCCGGCUGCCACCACCUCCCCUUGGCUGGGGCGGCCUCAGUCUCUGAGUGGGCGGCCUUCCUCUGACCCCUGCUACCGAGCCCCGGCUGGCCGGGCUCCCCUCGGGCUCUUUGCCCCAAGGGGGCUGAGACCUCCAGGUCCACCCUGCCUCUACCCUGGCCCACCCUACCUCCCCUCUGGCCCUUGGGUCCGAGCUUCAUCUCUCCUUUCCCCGUUUCUCACCUCCCUUAAGCUCUGUGCUUACAUCGCCCUUCCCUGCCAUCCUACCCCCUCUGGAGUAUCCGGGGUGGACCAUCCCCUGAGCAUCCUCCCAAACCGGCCCAGGACUCGGAUGACCCUUCUUCAUUUCCCCCUUGAGGGGCAGAUGCGGCUGGAGGGGGAGCCGUGUGGUAGCUCCCCACCCCCGUUGCCCAUCUCAGGCGGGCCCCAGCUGCUCAUCAGGAGCCCCAGAGGAGACCGCUGGCCGGUCAGCCCUUGAAAGGCAAGGAGCUCUGGCUACCGGUUGGGGCUGGCGGGAGCCCAGCUCCCUGGGGCCGCAAGGGCUGCCGGCCAAUGGGCCCCCAGUUCUAUCUUCCCCGGGAUUGGCCGCAGGCCAUCCUCUCUGCACAACUUUUGCCUUCCCCCGACCGACCCCCACCCCCAGCUCGAGCACCCUGGGUCGGCUCGACCCAGAAGCACUGCUUUCGUACACCCCAGACAGCCUGCCCGUCCCCAGCUACUGGGCCUCCGCUGUCCGCCGGGUCCGCACACCCAUCUCCCUCUCCCCUGCCGUCGGGGCCUGGCCACGAUGAAGUCCUGGAGCCCCCUGCCAGCCAGAGGGAGAUUCCACCCUUGCCUGCCCCUAGCACGUCUCCGCCCGUUCCAGAAAUACAGCUGCUUCUUGGGGUAAAAUAAUGAGCACCCCAGCAAAGAGGGAGGGGGAGAAGGCAGGUUCUUCAGAGACAGGGGUUCAGCUCAGGGUUCUGGACAGAGAUAGGCACCCUGCCUGCACCACUCUUCUCUUGGCCUCACCCCGGAGCCCUUCCCGCCGGCCUCUCCCCUGAUCCAGCUUGAUGUCCAUCCAGGCCCCGGUCCAUCGUAGAGAAUCUGCCCCCACCUCUAUCCCUUCCCUGGCGCUAAACGCCUUCGACUUGGGAAUCUGAAACCAAAUCCUUCACUCCCUCCUCCCGGCUGGCCCCCGGUCUUGCCACAGGCUGCCUGAACUGACUGGAGCGGGAGGAAGGACACUCAGCUACUUUGCACACUAAACCCCCUGGUCUCCUCCCGCUGGUCCUUUACGGGUCUUCUUUUCCCUCCGGAGGGUAGCCCAGCCUGUCGCCCCUAGCAGAUCCAUACCCAUGUCGGCUCUCCUUGGGACCCGGGAGCUUUGCCAGUCGCCCCAUCCCCCGCCCCGUGGCUCACCACGGCCUCGGGGCCAGCGGUGACCUUGGCGAUGAGGCUGGGAGAGCUGCUGUUCCCAGCUGCUACUCUCUCCCUGGCUCCUGCUGGGUCAGAUCUGCUCCUGCUCUUGCUCUGCUUUUCCUCCUCCUCCUCCUGCUCUGCUCUCCACCCGCUUUUCCUCCGAAGAUCUGCCGGUUGGAGCCGUGGGUCCCCAAGGGAACGGAUCGGCAUCUCGUACUCCCAGCGCCUAUUGUGGAGGAAGGGUCUCUAUCUUGCAUCUUAGCGCUUUCCCGUCCAAGCCGAAACGACUUGGAGGACGACGGGAACUUAGCUUUUUUCUGGGCCUGUCUGGCUGGGAAACUGCAUGCGUGUGUCUGCGCGUAUGUUGCGUGUGCAUGGGCGCAUGUGAGCGUGGCUGUCAGAGGGAGAGCUCACCUUGUCCCCGUGGGCCCACCCGCUCCCAGGUCUCCCAGGAUGUUUCCGGCAGCCUCGCCGUAGGCCUUCCCCCGCCUCGGCUCCACCCUGAGGGGCACUUGCUUCCUCGUCUCCCUCUGCGGGCACGGUCCCCUCCGUGGUCCUCCUGGCUUGUUUUGCCCCCUGGGAGGGUCCGGCCCUCUCCUCGGCCCCCUUUUCUACCCCUUUGGCCUGCCUCCCCUCACACCCACCCCCGUGCAGUCCGAUCUCUUUUCGGAGAGGGGUUCGGGCAGUCAGCCCCUUCCACCCAAAAUUUUCAAGUGCCAACAGCCAAGGGUGCCGCCUUGGAAAUGGGUCCAUUUCGUCCCCUCUCUCCCACCGCCGGAAGCGGCGGCACACCGCCUCCGGGCAGCCCUCCUUCACAGGAAACGGAGCCGCGUCGCACGGCCCCGGGUGAUUGCGCCAAGGGGUAGGCCGUGAAGGGGGAGGGCUGGGGGCUGCCCGACGGGCCUCGGGACCCCGCAACCUCCCCGGUGGGGUCGUGGGACUGCGGCCCUGACCUUGCUGGAGACCUUUCUCCUGGGUCCCAGGUUGGUUCUGCCCCGUUACCCGUUGUGGCCUCAGGCCCGCUGUUCCCUUGGUGCGCCUCACCUCCAUCCUGCCUACCUGGGCCUGGUUGGACGGGCAGAGCUGCCCUAACCCUGCGCUGAAUGUGCCAGGAUUCCUGGGCGCCCGGCGGGGAAACUAGCAGCAAAAGAGGGGCAAAUAGAGCCACCCAGCAUUGUCACCCUCACUCCCUGCCCCUGCCAUAAGCCCUUGGCCGAGGGCAGGUAGGGUUUGGACCUGGGCUCCCCAAGGAUCCCCCGCAGAGCUGCCCUCACCUUCCCUCUCCGGUCUGCCUCACAAGGUGGGCAUUGCUGCCCUUUGCCCUCCCCGCAGCCCGCCGGGCUUCGGUGCCCAGUUUGGCUGGUCCGGGGGGAGGGCUGUCUCUGCCUGGACCCUCACCCCUCUUCCUCUUCCUCAGGGCAGGUCGGAGCGAGAAGUCCCAAGGCAGCAGAAGCCCUCGGUCCUGUGGGGAUCCGGGCCUAGCUAAUCCCCUCAAGGCUCCCUUUUCGGGGGGCUGGGGAGGGGGCCCUGACCAGUCUUAAUAUGCAAUCACCAGGGAAACAGCCAGGCCCGGCCCCUCCCCGACCCCCCACUCUCCCACACGCUCCGUGUCCCGUUCUCACCUGACCCGUUUUUUUGUACCGAAUGUAUGAAAGAUCCAAACUAAUAUUACUGUAAAAAGGAGAGACAAAUUAAUAUAGCCUAUUCUAUAAAUAUAUCUGUAUAUAAAGGUUUCUGUAUAUUGUAUAGAGCGGUGUAUAAACUGGAUGUAGAAGCCGA